AUGUUGGAUAUAAAAUAUAUUCUUUUAGUUUUGUUUCUUCAGCUUUGUAUUAUUUGUGCAGAGCAUAAAAAUGUAUUCGAUUAUAUUAUAGUUGGUUCAGGAUCAGCAGGAUCAGUUAUAGCCAAUAGGCUUUCCAAACUACUAUCCGUUAAAGUUCUUCUAUUAGAAGCAGGAGAAAUGGUUCCAUUAACCUCUCAAGUUCCACUUUUUCCUCUAAAUUUAGCUCUAACGAAAUACAAUUGGAAUUUUACAAGUGUGCCUAGUAAAACCAUAGCGCAAGGUCUUAUAAACAGACAAUAUAAAAUUGUAGCAGGCAAAGCUUUAGGUGGAACCACAGUUUUAAAUUAUAACUUAUUUGUGCGUGGAAACAAGAGAGAUUACGACAACUGGGCAGAACAUGGUGCCACAGGCUGGGAUUGGGAUAAUGUAUUUCCUUAUUUUUUAAAAAUAGAAGACAAUCGAGAUUAUUCUUAUGUACGCAAUGGAUAUCACGGUGUUGGUGGAAAUGUUGUUGUUAACACGGUACCUUUCCAUGCGCCAAUAACUGAAGGUUACGUAAAAGCAGCCGAAGAAAUUGGAUACGAUUUUGGAGAUUUUAAUGCAGAGCCUCAGACAGUGUUUCAACCACCUCAGGGAACCAUUAAUAAAGGAGCACGUUGGGGUGCUCUUCAAGCAUAUAUAUAUCCCGUACGAGGUCGAAGAAAUCUUUGGAUCUUAACUUCAGCAUUUGUUCACAAGAUAUUGAUUCACAACAAACGUGCUUACGGAGUUAAAUUCGAGCACCACGGAAAGUUGUACGAAGCUUAUGCCAAAGAAGAAGUGAUCGUAUCUGCUGGUGUUUUCAAUUCACCUAAACUCUUAAUGCUGUCAGGAAUUGGACCAAAGCGUACUUUAGAGAAAUUUGAUAUUCAUGUUGUAGCAGAUUUACCAGUUGGGAGUAAUUUUCAAGAACAGCCAUCUACAAUUGGCAUGACAUUCGGAGCAAAAACCUUUACUUAUUCUGCUGAAAGAGUCACAGUACCAUAUUAUAAUGAAUUCUUAGUAAAUGGCACAGGUCCACUGACAUCUCUAGGAGGAGUAGAAGCAGUUGGAUUUGUAAAUUCUAAAUUUAACGAUGAACCAGAUUGGCCAGAUAUUGAAGUGCUAUGGCUUACUUUAUCAGCAGCAUCUGAUAAAGGCACAGUUUUAAGACACGCGUUUAACGUAAACGAAGAAGUAUGGAAGACAAUUUUCGAACCAUUUACAUCGAUUGAUACAAUAACUUGUUUACCAUAUCCAACACGUCCAAAAAGUAGAGGAUUUGUUUCUAUCAGAUCCACAGAUCCUCAUGACGAUCCUCUCAUCGAUUUAAAAUUUUACUCGAAUUCCUAUGAUUUAAAAAUUCAGGUUGAAGCUUUGAAAUACUGCUUGAGAAUGGCAUCUACGAAAGCCAUGAGAAAAUUUGGAGUUUAUCCACUUCCAGUGAGUGUACCCGGUUGCAAACAUUAUAAGAGAUUCAGCGACGAAUAUCUCGCUUGUCUAGCAACAACACUUCCAUUUACAAUAUACCAUUAUUGUGGAACGUGCAAGAUGGGAAGUGAUGCUGAUCCUACGACUGUGGUUGAUCCAACGCUGAAAGUUAAAGGUGUAGAAGGGCUAAGAGUAGCAGAUGCUUCCAUAAUGCCGUUUGUGGUAACUGGACACUUGAACAUUCCGACUUACAUGAUUGGGGAGAAGGCUGCUGAUAUGAUUCUUCAUGAUUUACUCCAUAGAUAUAAACACAAAUGA